AUGACGGUUGCGCCAUCCAGUCUGACUGUUGACAUUGCGCCACCGAGUCUGCGCGACCCAGGCCGUGGGGAUAACGCAGAGGAUGAUGACUCUGACCACCUCCGGUCAUUUGCGCGCCUUGAAUUUGCUGACAGCACAUUUCGAAUGAACACCUAUGGCGUCGUUCUAGGUCGCGAUCAGGCCGCUAUCGACCAUUCUUUGAAGAUGGCCGAGCUCCAAGAGCAAUACGAAGCCGACUGUAUGAAAGCCGACCGCGAAGGCCGAUCUAGGCCUUCGGAGCCGAGAGCUCCCAAAUCCAUUGUUAGCCACAAGGGAGGCAUUCUUGGUCCAGAAUAUUCUAGAUCCGAUGCCCCGGUCCCAGCAAACAAAUCCGACUCUCCCUCCAAGGAGGGCAGUACUAGUGCCGAGAAGGCUAUCCCAGCAGAAGAGAAAGGAGAGGCCGUGAUCCAUGGACGUGAGUACCAUUCCACACCUGGGGCGGUGGCAGUCGACACCAAGGCUCUACGUGUCAACCCGGAGGCGGUAGUGUUCCUCCCAAUCCAUUCCCCUGGGGAACACACGCAUAAACGCUCCAAAGCCAUCUCCAGGAAGCACUUGAAGAUUAGCUACAAUCGCCAGCGUGGUGUCUUUGAGGCUACAGCGCUCGGGCGCAACGGAAUCUUCAUCGAUGACAACUUCUUGGCGCCUCACAAGACAGUAGUUCUUAGAUCUGGCGAUUUCGUACAGGUCAAGGAUGUUCACUUUGUCUUUGUCAUCACGGGCCUUGAGAAAGGCCAAACAGGAGGGGAGCGUCUCCAUGAGCAGCCAGCGACCGGUGGCAAGACUAUGAGCUUUGAUUUUGCGCCCCGACGACAAGGCCAGAUGCGAGAUACAAGCUCCCUGUCUUCAGUCGAUCCAAGGGAAAUACAGGACGUGGAGAUGGACGACGCAGACGAAGCUCCAACGGCACCGAAGGCCAAUGCCAAGAUGAAAGCCAAAUCCAAGGCUGAGGCCCCUGAUCAACAGAGUGGCGGGGAGCCUAGGAAGCGAGGCCCGGGUCGUCCACCCAAGAAUGGAUACAUGUCUAAGCGGGAGGAACGGGAGUUCAAGAAAUUGCUCCAAGAACAGCAAAGAAUGGACCAAGCAAACCAACAGCCCACAGAGCCUCCCCUGAAGCGCAAGGUUGGCCGGCCGCGCAAAAACCCCUUGCCCGAAGGGAUGGAGGAGAGCGCGGCGAAGAGGCCGAGAAUGGAUGGUCAGGAACCCGAAUAUGGCGAUGGCGGGUCCGACAACGAUAUGCCGUCCAGUAAUCCAAAGAAGCCCAGCAAAGUCGCCCGGCCCAAGACCCCUCCAUUGGAGCUGAACAGGGAAGACUAUACCGACGAGCAACUGAUCAAGCCAUCGGAGAACUACGCACAGCUGAUCGACCAGGCUUUCAUGGGGGCACCCCCGGAUGGCUUGUCGCUCAAGCAGAUAUACAAGCGCAUCGCCAGCCGAUGGCCUUACUUCCACUUUUGCGCGGGCACCAAGGGAUGGGAGAGUAGCGUCCGUCACAACCUCCUUGGAAACGCAUGUUUUGUCAAGAACAAGGCAUCCGAUCUCUGGACCCGCGUACCAGGCAUGUCGUUGGAGGAGGGCAAGAAGAAGGGAAAACCUGAUGGCCCCGAGCAAAGCGCCGGAAUGCAGCCUGGAUCAACCCCCAUGUCAACGGGCCAAGGCGGCUCCUUGCAUGGCCAACUCUCUCAUUCGGGCUAUCAUCAUCCACCGGGCGGUCUUGGUCAACACCAAAUGCCACCAAACUACCAGACGCACUACCCUCAAAUGGCCCAGCCUGGCCAGACACAGACAACCCAGCAGCUGCUGCAACAGCCUCAGCAGACUCCCCAGCAAGCUCAGCGGCCACAGCAACCGAUGAAUGUCCAGGCAUCGUACAAUCCUGCUUACGGGCAGCCCAAUCAACAAGGACAGUCUGUGCCUGGCUUUACUCAAGGAAUCAUGCCACAGACAGGAGUUUCUGGCCACUCCACAGUGGAGAACCAUGGCACGCUGGAGCAAAUCCGAGCAGUUGGACACUCUCCGCAUAAUCCAGCGCCAGCUGCUCAGCACGUUCAGACUGCCUCCAAAGCCCCUGCCUCGGGGUCUGUCCAGCCUUCAAACGGCCAACCUGCCGCAUCGCCGAGUGAUUCGCAACGCAGAGGUGCCGUUAGCCCGGUGAUUGUGGCGCGCCUCAGCAAACUGCGCGAACAGAUAGCGACAGGGCUGCGGGCUGCCAGGACUCCAGACCCAGACGCUAUCAUCUGGUGCGCUCUCGACCGUCUCGUGGGCCUCCGAGACGAGACUAUACCGCCUGAGAUACCCGCAAACUUGGUGUCCACGUGCUACAAAGGCUUCGCCAAUCUUGUCAUGCCGAAGCAGCCCCCACUGAUCGAUCCAGGGACUCUCGCUGCUGUACUUGGGUUCCGCGAGAAAAGCCAUGAGCUCCUGCGAGGAAAGUUUUCGGAGCCUCAGCGAACCACGCUGCUCCAUAGCGUCAUCUUUCGAGAGUUAGGACUCGCCACGGAGAGU